CUGCUACACUCGCGAGUGUAGCAGCUGCUGAAGUGGCCUAGUGUGCAGUAAGUUGUGCCAGCCUCUACCUUAAUCAUCCUUUUGUCUAACACCGCUGCUCAAACCGUCAGCGCGUUGACAUUUAUACUACUAGCUAUGCUAUAGUAUGCUAGUAGCGGUACAUGAUAGAACAUGGAGCGCAGAAAGUCCGCACUUACACCCGAAAAUUACACCCGAGCAAUCAUCUCGCUCUCCAGAAGAUAUUCGAGCACCUCUGCCUUCCCGGGAAACAAUUAUGUCGACAUUGGAGACUGGCUGCUACAAGACCGUAGUCUUCUCAACGCAACGAAAACGGAAGAAGAUGCCACCCUUUUCGCUUCCAGGUCCGAACAGCCUCACGAUCUAGUUGUGGUAUACAACAGCGGGGAGAGGAAGUGGGAUGUGCAACAAUAUAGUCAAGAGCAACAUGAAGCCUUCUUCGCUGCCACCUCUGUUCCAGCGGCAGGCUUGGGGCAAUUAGUCUUCAUUCGAGGUUUUAUUUCACCAUCGUGGGUGUCGGUCAUCGGGAGCAAAUACAACAUCGAUCCGGAAUUCUUCAGGCGACACAUGGAUUUUCUUUCCGCGAGCGUUGAUAGACAUGCAUACAGCUCCCCAUCACUUGGUAGUUCCUCAAAUAACAUAUUUCGACUUUGUGUGAGCACUCUUCUUCAUCGCGAUGAUUUUGGCGGACAGGAUCUCCCGUCACAGCGGUCAGAUCAAUCCAUUGAGCUCGGAACAUACAAGAUACAACAGCUUGGAUCUGCUAGAGUCUGCUGCGGAGACUCGCUGGUGCGCGAGUAUUCCACUGUGUGCUCGUGCUUCUCUGUGAUGGAACAAUGGAUCUCACUUUGUAUCACGAAAACAGAUAAAGGAUGGGCUGUCAUUGCCUGGAUGGACCAAGGUCGACCGUUGGAAAAGUCUCCCCCGGGCCCAUGGACAAGUCACGUCGAAACCAAGGCUACACCACUACCUAUCCUCCAACAUCAUCACAAAAUGGCAUUUCGAACCACCACCAAUCGUCUAGAUCCAGAUGCGAAUGCUUCUGCAGAAGUUCACCAAAGCACGGCCAUCCUUCCCUUGCAGUACGAUUCAUUGAUCGCACUUGUCGGCCUGGCCCGUCGCGCGCCGCAAGAUCCGCUUUCCAUGUGCAUCCCCUUGUAUGCGCAUGCGGCUUUCUCCGAAGUCCAGUUCUUGAAUCUUAUGGAGUCCAGAAUUCAAAUCCAGAUAAACACCAUAGCCGAAGGAUUUCCAGCUGACGCGCUAGGAACUUUUCAAUACUUCUCCAACAUUCUCAACCGACAUGCCCAGCAGCUGAAAGAUAGUACCCGUGCACUCUGCAAGUUGGCCGAGCGAAGUAGUCAAGGAUUGAAUGGAGGCAAAGCGGAAAGCCCGAUGCCGAAAAGUGCUGUGCGGCCGGGUCUCGGCAGGGGCAUGGGCACACGUCGGCACAGCUCAGAGACCGAGACGGACAGAAACGUUGGAUCCAGUAGUUCCGACGGUGCCUUUGAAACAAACGACCUCUUGGAAGACUAUGAACAACUCCAUGUUCGUUGCAUCGACUUGUCAAAAAUGUGCACUCAGGGCAUAACUCUGGCGAUGAACAAAGCCACGAUCGAGGAAUCGCGCAAAACCAUAGAGCAGUCUAAGCGACUCAAAAAGUUGACUGUGCUUGCGACGCUCUUUAUUCCUCUUAGCUUCAGCUCCAGCCUGUUUGGAAUGAACAUUGAUCUCCUUGGGCAGAGCACGGUGAGAUUUUGGUGGUUUUUUGUCUUAUGUGUUCCGAUCACUCUGUUUGCCUACAUUCUUUAUCUUUGGGACUUUCGGGUUCUGAAACGGUGGUGGCUGAGGUUCUGGAGAGGAUGUCGCGAUGUUAGGCGAGGAAUGACGGGUGGAAGGAGCGAGAAAGAUCCGAGUUAUAUUGUGUGAUUUCAUUGUUUCAAUGUUUGUAAUAGCACCGUUAAUACCAACACCAAUAGUAUGACAACAUCUGUGUAGUACCCUUGGGACUGCCGGGUGCAUUGCACCUUCGAGCGUAGAGCCAACGUUCUCUUUGACUGGAGGUGCAACACAACCCCCACAUCAGUGGCGUCAGUAAGGUAACACGUAACUAUAAAUAUCACGACAUUUGUUGGGCCUUAGUAUACCGUGGCCUAUACCGUGCCGUAUUUAUUUGAAGAUAUAUUAUUACGGCCAGGUUAUGCCACCG